GCCCAACGCAUUCAGGGUACGGGCCCAAUCAAAACCUCAACCCUCUGCAAUCCUAAGUAUAAAUCUCUCUCUUCCGUCUUCGCCUUCGUCUUUGAAAUUAGGGUUCCAUUCCUCCGUCUUCUCUUUCGUCUGAAAUUAGGGUUCCAUUCCAGGGGUAAAAUGGUGAAGGGACGUCAAGGAGAGCGCAUCAGACUCUAUGUCAGGGGAACUGUCCUCGGCUACAAGAGAUCGAAGUCGAACCAGUACCCGAACACCUCAUUGAUUCAGAUCGAGGGAGUGAACACGAAGGAGGAAGUGAGCUGGUACUUGGGAAAGAGGAUGGCCUAUGUCUACAAGGCUAAGACAAAGAAGAAUAACUCCCUCUACAGAUGUAUCUGGGGAAAAGUAUGCCGGCCUCACGGAAACAGUGGGGUUGUGAGAGCUAAGUUCAAGUCGAACUUGCCGCCCAAAUCCAUGGGAAACAAGGUUCGGGUUUUCAUGUACCCAAGCCAUAUCUAAGUGAAGAUGGAGAAUCAAGUUUUUUUUGUUGCAGUGGAAACUGGACCCUCUAGCCUGCCUCAUUUUCAUAUCUUUCUAUUUUCCUUGAGUUUGUUUGAGAGAUAUUAAUGGUAUAAACAAUGUUUUGAUUGUAGCAUAAUCUUCUUCUUCCCAUCCUAAAAUGAACACUUGGUUUCUUUACGUCUUCAAGCAUGCAUAUUAUCGUUAUCAUUUUAACUCAUCUUAAAAUGAAGUCUUUAAACAUAA